AUGGCUUGCAGAUAGUCAGUCGGCAUUUCUUGGUCAAAAUUAAAUCAAUGGCCACGCGAGAAUGGCAGUAUCAAGUAACGACAAUAUGAAACCACCAACUUUCAUUAUUUUGGUUAUGGAGAAAAUUAUUCAACACAAAAUUAAACUGUCAAAAUCAAAAACUGCCUGCAGAGUUUUCAAAAUGACACGAUUGAAAAAAAAAAUACUAUUAAAAAUGUGCUUUUCCUCAGUUUGUUGUAACUAUAAUAACCAACGAAAUAGAGUUGGGCUUCAUAUGAAAACAAAUGUCGAACGGACGGCAUGAUUCUGUUUAUUCUGUUUAUGUGGGGUUUUUAAAUCUGUCUUUAUAUAGCUGGUCAUCAUGACGUAAUUAUUUUUGAAAAAAUACUCGUGCGACAAUCGCUGACGAUAUGUACCAAUAUACUUAACGAUAGAGCAAAGUAUACGAUUUCACUCAGCAUGCAUGGAACUUAGAGGUACUCCUAUAAGGGCUGUUAGUGACUUGUUUGUGACGACAUGAUGACGAUGAUAGCAUCAGUUGUUUUGGUAACUUCCGACGUUGGGCAUAGGUAGAAUAUAAACCUCCACGAUGUGUUUCAAAGCUAGAAGUCACGCUUUUCUCUCGAUGUUCUCAUCAGAAUUUCCACUUAUCAUCUCCUGUACCAAUUUUAUUAGAGAUAAUAAUUGCAAUCGGCCGGGCGUUGAAGUACAUGUAAUUGCUUCUGAUAUCGUGUUCCAUAGUUUGUGAAUAAUGGAACUCACAGAAGUGGACAUGGAUGGUAUUGACUGUAAAUUUAACAAUAUCUUGAAUCUCACCGUGCCGUCUGAUGCGGAAGAGUACGUAGUCGCUAUCACUGAACAGCUAGGUAUCAUCGUGGGGAUGGUAGCGGUGCUAGCCUUCGGGUUACCCGGUAACUUGGCUUUCCUCUUCGUAGUCUACAAGCUGCCGCACAUGAGGACAAUUACCAAUUUCUUCCUGGCCAAUUUAGCAGUUGCUGAUAUCCUAUUCUUGGUAGUGACAGUCUUCAUGUAUGUCAUCUACCUUGGGGCUAGCCCUGUCCGCAGUGAUUACAAUGUGGCCAGUCUCUUCAGCUGUGUAGGAGUGUUUCUUGUUCCUCACAUCACCUAUUUCACCUCUAUCUGCUGUGUGACUGUGGUCUCAUUGGAGAGAUUUUAUGCCAUUUGUAAGCCUAUCCAACACCGGGCAAUGAACACGAAAACCCGGGCAAAACGACUGAUGCUGGCGUCAUGGGUGGUACCGGUGGUCCUAACGGCUAUAGCUAUGCCCAAGUACGGCCAACUGGACUUGUACUGUAUCAUCUGGCCGGAUGGGGAGAAGUACCAAAAUUUACCGCAGAUAUUGGGGUUCUGCCGGCCGGUGGUGCCCUGGUGGUUGUUGGUUGGCGAGUUCACCACUGUGUCUCCGUUUCUUAUUGCUCUCCCCUGUAACAUCUUCAUGUACAUCCGUAUCGUGAAGUCGCUGAGUUCCCGAUCAGUCUUCAAGACAGAAGGUCAGCAGCGCCUCCCACCGCAGGCUGUCCAAGUACGCAACCAAGUGGCUAAGAUGCUCAUCAUUAACGGCAUAGUCUUCUUUCUGUGUCAAGCCACCAACCAGUUUGUCACAGUGGCCUAUAUGUUGUCGUUCGUCACUGGUGUCCCCAUCAAUGACAUUUUCGAACGCUUGGCCACUGUCCUCGAUAUCGGUCGCAUUGCUGUCUUCGUCAACUCUGCCGUCAACCCACUGAUUUACAACGCAUCAAGCCCGCACUACCGCACCGCUUUCAAGCAAGCAUUCGGUUGCUCAUCCAAGAAAUCCAAGAUGGCCACGGCCACACCUGCAAUUAUUAAAUCCGAAGAAGCUGCUCAUGAUGGUAACGAGCUCACUCCUUCCAAUUCAUCGCCAAGACUUCAUGACGAUUAUCCACUGACAUUAGUCCAACAGACUGCGGAUGAACACCGCGCAGCAACAACCGAAGACGACAUCAAUCUGGUUUCUCGUGAGAAUGACGUAAAUACUGGCGUUGAUAACGAAGGCUUCCAUGCAUCUCCUAUCGAGAAUGCGGUGGAAGCCAGCCUCAGCCCACCAAGUGAUGAUUCAGACAAUUUGGAUGAACAGGAAAAGCCAGAUGCAUUCAAUAUUCGGCGGAAUUUAGAAAGCAUUGUGGAAGAGUCUAGUACUUAAAGAAGCUUAAUAAAUAGUAAGUAACAGAGACAGCAGACAAGAUUGCAGAUCUUUUAAAUUUGAGCUUGAAGAAAAACCACAUAGUUUAUUGGAAACUUGCAUGGUUAUUU